CUAGAAUUUGACUCAGAGCAGUGACGAGUGACUACGACAAUGGCGAAAACUAUCAAAAUAGAUGAAGAGUCUCCGUAUUAUGUCCAACCAGAGUAUCUAGAACUAUCACCCGAUUCCUUCUCUAUCGAAAAACUCAGCGAAGCCGAAGAUAACUACAUCUUCUGGAAACUACGAUUUCUCGAUUUCCUUCGAUUCACGAACAAAAUCGGAUUCAUCGACGGCACAAUCGAGAAACCAGAACCUUCCUCGCCGCUCUAUCAACCAUGGAAACGAUGCAACGCGAUGGUUAUGCUUUGGCUGAUGAAUUCGAUGAGCGAGACGCUUGUGAAGUCUGUGUUGUACGCGGAGACUGCGCAUAAAGCGUGGGAAAGUCUAAGGAGCAGGUUCGUUCCGAGCGUAGAUCUGAAGAUCUACGAGCUUCGUCGGAGACUCGCGUCGCUGAGGCAAGGUGGUGACUCUGUGGCGGAGUAUUUUGGGGAAUUGAGUAAAGCUUGGUUGGAGUUGUCGGAGUACGAUCCUGUCCCCGAGUGUAAGUGCGGUGGUUGCAAUUGCGAGAGUACGAAACUAGCUAAAGAGGCGAGAGAGAAGGAGCAGCGUUACGAGUUUUUGAUGGGUUUGAACAGAGGAUUUGACGGUGUGAUGACAACGAUCAUGCUCGAGAAACCUCCUCCGUCUCUUUACCAAGCUUUUGCUAGGGUUGAGCAAGCAGAAUCGAUGAUGAAGAGGUACAGGAGAUGAUUAAUUUUAGGAAUUGCAGGUCCAUUGCUCAUAACACUUUUUUCUCUAAUGUUUUCAUUUUUAUGCCUUUGUUUAGAUUCUAGUGUUUCUUAUUUCAGUUGUUUCAAUGUCGUAUGGAAAUUAGAUUCAUGAACACAAAAGCUCUAAAUUUGCCGAUUGAUGAAGCAACAAA